UAUUUUACGCGAAAAACCAAGGAAAACCUACAGCCGCGAAUUUAGAGAAAAGGCAAAAUUGGCUCUUUUAUACGAUUAUACGCUAGAAAGUAAGUAGCUCUUUAUAGGCUUUUUUUAAAAACUUUGUAAAUUCAUUUUAGGAAAAGCUUCAGAUCGUGGUUAUACCGAGAAAGAGGACACAUACAACGUAAAUCAAAGUAAGUUGUUUUUAAAAUCCGCGAUGAAACAAUAUUUAAAUUAAUUCAAAAUUUUUUAGCUCUAGUACCAUCUAACCAGUGUAAAACUGAGAUAAGCAACGAUUGGGAUGAUGAUGAUGACAUUUUUGCUUCCAUAAGCACUCAGGAAAUCUUACAUGAAGACGUGAAGAUCAAUAAUUUUGGAAAAACUGCAAAAAGCAGUGCGCAAAUAGCCAAAAAAACAGACGUUCAAGCGAUGUGCAAAGAAGAAAAAAUGGACGAAGCAGCAGUAGCUGCUCCGUGCCGUAAAUGGCGUUCGCUUUCUUUAAAUCCAAAAUUUAACAGGCCAAUAAAUGAGCGGAUAGCCCAGGGUAACCAAAGAGACAAGAGCUUGGUGCUGAGAGAAACUAAUACUAAUGUUACAUCAGGAUUUCAAAAGGUUAGCGGAGAACGGCCGGAGUUGGGAGAAGGCAAAAAUGAAGUUUCUGCUGGUUUUCAAACAGCGAAUGGUAAAAAAAUCUCCAUAUCGGAAGAGAGCAAGAAAUGCGUACAAAGUAUUCUAAAAGAACUUCAAGGCAAUAUUCAUGAAAAAUAUUAUGAAAGUGUACUAAAAGACACAAAAGCUGAAAUAUUGAUUAAAAGGACGUUUGGAAAAACUGCAAACAGCAGUGCGCAAAUAGCCAAAAAAACAUACCUUCAAGCGAUGUGCAAAGAAGAAAAAAUGGACGAAGCUCCCAGCACCAGCAAAUUUGCAGCAGUAGCUGCUCCAUGCCGUAAAUGGCGUUCGCUAUCUUUAAAUCCAAAAUUUAACCACAGGCCACCCCCCAACUUUGUGAGACACCGGAAAGAACCUCGCGACAAAUCGAGACUACGACCAGUACACCAGGCGUCAAUAGAUCGAAGAGAGGGCGGCUCUCGGGCUUAAGUUGUAAUUAUACUAGUUCAAAGAAAUAGAUACUACUCUAUAUUACAUUGUGUAAGAGCAAAUGAACUGUUUUUUUUUAAAUUCAAAAACGUCUCGAUAUCUUUUUUCAUUUAAAUUAGUUUUGCUAUU